AUGGUUGUAGCAACAAUUAAGUGUGUCGUUGUCGGUGACGGUGCCGUUGGAAAGACAUGUCUUCUCAUUUCGUAUACAACAAACAAAUUCCCCUCAGAAUAUGUCCCCACCGUCUUUGACAACUAUGCCGUGACCGUCAUGAUCGGCGAUGAGCCUUACACCCUCGGACUGUUUGAUACCGCCGGUCAGGAGGAUUAUGAUCGUCUCCGCCCUCUAUCCUACCCCCAGACCGAUGUCUUCCUUGUCUGCUUUUCGGUGACCUCGCCUGCCUCGUUUGAGAACGUUCGCGAAAAGUGGUUCCCUGAGGUCCACCACCACUGCCCCGGUGUUCCCUGCCUGAUUGUGGGUACCCAAACUGAUCUUCGGGAUGACGCUACUGUGCGCGACAAGCUCGCCCGCCAGAAGAUGCAGCCCAUUCGCAAGGAAGAUGGUGAUCGUAUGGCCAAGGAACUGGGUGCGGUGAAAUAUGUUGAAUGCUCCGCCUUAACACAGUACAAGCUCAAGGACGUCUUUGACGAGGCGAUUGUUGCCGCGCUCGAACCUGCUCCGAAGAAGAAGUCGAGAUGCGUUUUGCUGUAG